AUGGUGUUCCGUUCAGGCAGAGGUCCAGAGACAAUUCCGGGGGUGUUGCUGGAAGGUAACGUUCUGGAAAGGGUUGAGCGGUUCAGAUACCUCGGGCACAUUGUGACUGAGGGUCUCGUUGAUAAUGAAGAUAUUGAGAGGGAGCGACGGGCUCUGGCUGUUAGAUGCAACAUGUUGGCGCGACGCUUUGCAAAGUGCAGUGAGCAAGUCAAAGUGACAUUGUUUAGGGCAUACUGCUUAUGCUUCUAUUCAUGUCAACUGUGGACUAAGUACACCAGACGCGCUAUCAACAACAUCAGGGUACAAUACAAUGACGCGUAUCGUAUCCUGAUGAAGUUGCCGCGGUACUGCAGUGCGUCGGGCAUGUUCGCUUUGGCCAGAGUACCGGACUUCUUCGCGAUUAUGCGAUCGCGAGUCGCAAAGUUUUGGAGUCGUUUGCGAUCCUCGAAAAACGAGAUCCUCACCACACUGGCGGAGUGUCAAGACUGCUCAAUUCUUAAACAUUGGCGCUCAGUGCACCAGGAGCCGAAUAAAAAGUAA